AUGUUAAUUGGACUGCAUUAUGAAAUGUUGACGGGUAAACUCAAGUACUGCCCAACGCCCAUGGUGUGCAGAAGAAACAGACUUGGUAAAACAAUGUCAGCAAGAGCAUCCUUAAGUUUAAUUGGAAAUGCAUCCAUUUUUUAUUCAUCAGUUAAGGAAAGGUUUAUACCUCGUCUGUGCAGCCGGUCUACCCUGCCACCAGUAUUAGAUGAUGUCAAAACACACAGGGUAAUUGCUGAUGUUGCAGUUUCGUUGUUCAACAAAGGGAAGGAUGGGACGUGUAUUUUCGAACAAGAACCAAGAACAUGUCCAACCUUUACAGUUAAUUGGGAGGCGUUGGAUGGUCUAAAACGAGAUCCAAGGUAACAUGUAAUAUUAUCAAUGACAUUGCAGUAAUGUAAAGUCCCACGUUAUGUUUGGAAUUCUUUAUAUAAUAGUUCUCAUUCUUAAUAGAGUGUUCCGAAGACUAGUUUUGAUUCCUUUCAUUGAGGGAGAAAGGUGCCCAAAUGGUAUCGAAGCUCAGCAGAGGGCGGAGCACGUUUGUGAAAAUCUCCUAGACCGGGCUUCAACUGCUCUUGGAACGAUGGUUGGUGUAUCAGCAGACAUCAACUAUAUUUGCGAUACGCGCACAAAAUCAAUUUGUGCUGCAAUGGAACAAGACGUAAAUGAAUUUAGACGACAGGUGCAUGAAGAAUUAUUCACUUUUAAUUAGCUUGGCUGAAAAGGUAAGGUUAUUAUCUACUCAUUGGCCAGGGCAUUUAGCCUCCUCUCCAUGCAAAUCGGUGACGAAAACGGCAGACUAUUAUGCAAUAGUAUUUGUGAAGUUCUUUGUAUUCCUUGUAAUUUUUAUUCCUAAAACAUGAUCCAUUUGUCCUGCACGAUCCCUGUACAUAUAAAUUAUUGCAUAAUUCUGCCGUUCUUGGCACCGCAAGCUGCACGCAGAAGGGUUAAACACUCACAAUUUGUCAAUUUCAAUCCAAUUAGCCCAAUCGCAUCAUUGAGGCACGUGGUAAAGAAAUAAUCAUUACUCCACCUACGAAAACCACCUCAAACUAAUUUAUUCGAUGUCUCUCUGAAGACGGCAUGAUGAAACUACAGCCGCAUAUUCUUUAACAUAGACCAUAGGCUGGUCUGCUAUUCGAAUUGAAAGUUGGAUGCGAUCGACAUAAAUAAAAAUAAUAUUACUGCGACACGUAUAUGCGGUAGGUUAAUAUUAAACUCUUUAUUUAACAGAAUUUGUGAAGCAGAAUUAAUCUUUGAAAAGUCCGGAUUGGAGAGGGGGGGAUACAACAACGUUCAUCUUGAAUCCUAGACGACACAGAUGGAAAGACACAGAUGGAAAAUCUAGUUGAUCUCCGGCAUAAUGUAGUAAAAAAUCCUUUUUUAUUUUUCAGGUUAUCGAACUAGCAGAUGUAGAAGGAUUGGAUCCGAGUAUGGUGUAUUCUUUUUUUAUGAAUGUAAUAGUUCUGUACAGUGUCAACAAAUACCAGGAUCUCGGCCACACAUGUACAUAACUAGCUGUAACGUCUACAGAUUAGGGGUUUAAGCUUCGCGUUUCCGGGAACGGCAGGUUCGAACUUUCUUCGCAAAAUUUUUAGUUUCAUUUUUUUUUCUUGUGUCGAAAGAAUAGUCAUGCAUUGCAGUUUUAAAACAGCAAAUUCAUUUACUUUUAUUGCCUGGUACAGUAAAAUCUUUCUUUGCCUGGCGUUUGCCGUAUAACGCGAAGCAUAAACUCUCUAAUGCAUAUAUAUCUUCGAACUUGAUGUUAUGUUAUUACAUUUACGAUUACAAUUCCAAGCAAGGCAAAUUCUCAACUUUAAUGGAUUGCAAAUUAUUUCUAUCAUGAAUGAAAAAACCUGUGUCUGCAGGUGAAUGUAUUUUUAAAAUUUGCUCCAUAUUAAGAUCGUCAUAUGUUUCAUUUUCUAAACGGCGUGGCUGCAUUAAAAUGCAUCAAUUAAAAAUGGGAUAAAAAUUCAACCGAGGGUCCAGCAUAUGGAUUCAACGUAUCUUCAAAGUCAUAUAUCGCUGCACGUGCGUGAACGCUUUCCGCAAUGAAAUGUCUCGUGCAGUAUAUUGGUAUAGUAUUAACCAAAUGCACUAUUUCCACAAUUAUAUCACAGAUAUAAAAAACGUGCACAAAACAGUAUUUUGCUUAUGCUCUCUAAUACUGUAACUAAGUAUUUUUACAAUUGCAGCAUUUGAUAUAAAAUCAAAAGAACAUGAUAGCGAUGAAUCUGAACCUACAGUUGUGUUGAAUGAUGGUGUUCAAGUAACGUCUGGUGUUGUAAUCCAAACUACGUCUGGUGGUUUAUUGCAAACGUCUGGCGGUUCAUUACAAACUACGUCUGGUGGAUCCUUGGAAACGUCUGGUGGCUCCUUGCAAAUGUCUGGUGGUUUCUUAGAAAGUACGUCUGGUAGAUCCUUGGAAAGGUCUGGUGGCUCCUUGCAAACGUCUGGUGGUUCCUUAGAAACUACGUCUGGUGGAUCCUUGGAAAGGUCUGGUGGCUCCUUGCAAACGUCUGGUGGUUCCUUAGAAACUACGUCUGGUGGAUCCUUGGAAACAUCUGGUGGCUCCUUUCAAACGUCUGGUGGUUGCUUAGAAACUACGUCUGGUAGAUCCUCGGAAACGUCUGGUGGCUCCUUGCAAGCAUCUGGUGGUUCCUUAGAAACUACGUCUGGUGGAUCCUUGGAAACGUCUGGUGGCUCCUUGCAAACGUCUGGUGGUUCCUUAGAAACUACGUCUGGUAGAUCUUUGGAAACGUCUGGUGCCUCCUUGCAAACGUCUGGUGGUUCCUUAGAAACUACGUCUGGUGGCUCCUUGCAAACGUCUGGUGGUUCCUUAGAAACUACGUCUGGUAGAUCUUUGGAAACGUCUGGUGCCCCCUUGCAAACGUCUGGUGGUUCCUUAGAAACUACGUCUGGUGGCUCAUUGCAAACGUCUGGUGGUUCAUUAGAAACUACGUCUGGUGGAUCCUUGGAAACGUCUGGUGGAUCCUUGGAAACGUCUGGUGGCUCCUUGCAAACGUCUGGUGGUUCCUUACAAACUACGUCUUGUAGAUCCUCGGAAACGUCUGGUGGAUCCUUACAAACGUCUAGUGGUUCCUUAGAAACUACGUUUGGUGGUGUCAUGCAAACAAUGGUUGGUGAUAUCAUGGAAACGCCAUGCGGAUUAGAUGACAGUUGUAUCUUUUUAGCAGGUUAGUACAGUACAAUCCCGUUAUUUUGAAAUCUUAAAGGCAAUGCUGAAGUAUUCGAGCUAGCAAGAGUUGCUAUCAAUUUUCAACCAAAACCUUUUAAUUAUUUCAUUAAUUUACUAAUGGUUUAAAAUUAAUAUUAAUACCUGCAUAAUUAUUAAUCUUAAAAAAAACAUUAAUAAUUCAUGAAGAAAACACAAAGAAAAAUCAUAAGCGUGUCUGUACCUUUAUAUGUGACAAAGAUUUCCCUUCAUUUGGUACAUAAACUUUAAUUUUGGUUUCUCUACUUACACAACGUAUUUUUUGAAAAUUACUUCGCCAAUGAACUUACUACAUUGAUCGUUUUUGAAGCAAUUUAAAACAUUCGCUGCAUGUUUUAUCAGACCUAAAGAUGCUCGGCUUCACCUCAUAUCUUUAUAUCUGAUAAAACACUCUGCUGCUCAUGUUUUAAAUAGUACUUCAAACACUCAUUAAUAAUUCAUAAGUUUAUUGGCAAAUCAUGUCAACCAUAAUAUGUCACGUGCAGUGGCAACCUUGUUCCCAGGGUCUUUGCUCUUGGGAAGCAAAGACCCUGGUGGACGCUGGUCACGUGACCAUAGAAAAUUGAUAGCCUCAGAGGGGGAUGAAAAGGUCUCAUAUUUAUUACAUGUUUCCACUUCCGCACUUCACACUUCGAUUGCAAGGAGUGGCCGUUCUGUACAAUAAUCUUUGAGAAUCAUAUAUACUUCAAAAUUCUUGCUAUAAAAUUGGUUUCUGUUUGCCGUUUUAAAUUAUACAAACAUGGUAAAAUGCAGAUUCUUAUAGUAACAGACAAGUCAGGAAAUCAAGCAACGAAAACGUAUGACCGUAGGGUUUGAAAUAUUAGCGUUUUUAAUAUUCUCUCGGGGUUCGGGGGCAAUAUUUUCAUUUCACACGUACGUUUCUGUCCUGGCUCUGGUUCAGAUAUUUACAAUAUUCUUAUAAUAUGCCAUUGAAUUGUUGUCAUAUGGAAAGGAAACAAUAUAAAUUUUGUGAGAUAGAGGUCUCAAAAGCGACUGACAAAAUUGUUUGGAAUCGACACUCGACAGUGCACCUUUUUGUCUUUACGAGUACCUGUUUGUUGAGCUAAAAUAUUGCACAGAAUCUCGUAUAAAUCGCCAUUCACCCUCCCACCUUGAAUGCAAAGGAAUGAUAUCCGAAAAGGUUUAGCAAAGUAUUUGUAAUAUAUCCCUGAUAAAACGUAGGGACACUUUGUACCAGUAGUGUAUAAAUAUUAUAUAUACAUAAUUCAUAAACUGUAUAUGCCCACCAAGUUUCGCUCAUAUAAUUACUUAAUGAGUUUUAUUAAGCCUUUUAAAGUUUCUGUUGAUACUGAUAAUGAUAGAUAGGUUGUUUUCCUCCAGUAUCGUGUGGUGAAACUUCUAAAAUUUUAAUUACAGUUACGACACAGUAUAGGGGUAUACGAUAAAGAUUAAAGACUUGAAGUUGAUUUAAAUAUUGAUGACUCAUGGCGGCAUUAUACAAGUCGAAAGAAGCUGGAUUUUAAGCUGGAUUAUUCUUCAAAUAAUGGGCAUUAAUAUCAAUGCCAAUGAAAGGUCUUUAUAAGAUUUAUAAUGUUUACUGCAAUAUAUGAAAUAUGAAAUAAUUUAGUCUAGUGCAUAUAUCGUCCUAGAUAUUCAAGUUGUACCGCACACACCGAGGAGUCUUGGCAUGUGAUAACAGUAUACUGUAGCUGUACUUCGACAUAUAUCAUUCUUGAUCGUUAAGCUGUUUCAGCAAUGUAAAUAAAAGGAAUUUUACAUAACAGGUUUUAAUCCUGUGCUUAAUCCACAGUCAAAACAGACUAAACAGCACUAUUGUUUUAUAUACACAGUUGGCGAUAUUCAGUACUUCAGUUGGGAAAUCAAAAGAUCCAGUUAUAAAAUAAAUCCUUUGUUUUGAAUAUCGGACAAGAUACAUUUCAACUAUAAACAACCAUAUCAUAUCGUUCGUUUAUAAAUACUGUUUGAACGAUCAGUCGGUGUAGAAGAUAUCAGAUAUGUAUGUUUCUACGGCGAUCUGAUGCGUGCCCAACUUUGCAAGCCAGGCGCGUGUGGAGUGUUUUCCUUGCAAGUGAAAUAUGAUCCACUUCUCGCUUGAAAUGUACCGCAGCACUUCAAGUAGUGAUCACAUUCAGUAUAGCAGGAAAUCUUGUCAUGAUGAGUACAAAUUUAGAACAGUAUAAAUCAUGUUUAUUAAACAUGUAAAGUGAAGUAUGCAACACUAAUGCAUCUGGCGAAGGUCAACUACUACAUUCCCACCCCUCCCAGAUUGACAAAACAACGCUAAUUAAAAAUCUGCUAGAUUUUAGCAGAUCACGUGACCAGCGUCCACCAGGGUCUUUGCUUCCCAAGAGCAAAUACCCUGGGAACGAGGUUGGUGCAGUGGCUUUAAACCUGAUAAAGCACUCCUAAUUAGUAUUCUUUAUAUAAAGAAUACUAAUAAGGCAGUAUCUAUUGUAGUUGUGUCCUCGUUAGUAUUUUUUAUAUAAAGAAUACUAAUAACGCAGUAAAUCUAUUGAAUUUGUACUCGUGUUUGAAGCCGUUUAAUAAACUCGCAGGUCGUGUUUUAUUAGGUCUAAACUGUGUCUUUAAACCUAAUAAAACACUCCUGCUCGUUUAUUAAACAGUACUUAAAAAGCUCAUUAAUAAUAUGCUAUAUAAAGAUCAGCUGCUAUGUUUUAACUAGUACAUACAUAAUUAACAUAGUAAAUAAUUCCCAUUCCUUUUAACAGUUGAACCUAGUGAAAUAGACAACAAUGAUAUCUUUGCCACAGUCAAUGGUGAAAACAAAAGACGCCACAAAGAAGACCUUCAGAGUCUUCAAGGCAUUAAAAAGAUAAAACUAUCAGGUAUUUCAUUAAAGUUAUUCACUGUUUGAACUUUCUAAACAUGAAAUUAAAAUAUAAUAAAGUUUCGAUUACAUAAAUUGGUCUGUCAUAAAACACUCAUUUUCUUGGAAUGAACUUAAAUCAUGGAAUUAAAAGUACAUAAUAAGUCAUAGACACAGAGUUAUAAAAGAUCAUUGGAAUGGAGAUAUGCACAGGACGUUGAGGAUACAUAAUGGGAUUUUCCUACGAAGCUGGGUACGCUAUUAUUAAGCGGACAGUGUAUAUAACGGAAAUGUAUAGCCUAUACUGUAUAUGCUUGACUGUCUUAUAAAUAUACUCAACUAAUCGAUAUUAAUUUUAGAAGAGAGCACAGCUCCAGGAUACAAGUAUUGCCUGUGUAAAAAGGUAUGGUAUAAAGAAACACAUACAUGUAGUAAUAUGAUGGCAGAUUGCUUAUCAGAUAGAUUUCUACGUCUGUGGGAAAAACUGACGUGGAUGGCAUAAAUGCAUGCAAUAUCUGGGUAUAGGGAAAAGGCUGAGAUCUGAAGGUCGGAACUGAAGGUAUAUAUUACUAGAUCUAGAAAUUUUAUUUAAAAAAACUUAUAAUCGAUUUGUCUGGUGGUGUCAUGCCAACAACGUCUGGUGAUUCCUUGCAAACAACAUCUGGUGGUUCAUUACAAACAGCAUCUGGUGGUUCAAUACAAACAACGUCUACUGGUUCAUUGCAAACAUCUGGUGGUGUCUUGCAAACAAUGGUUGGUGAUAUAAUGAAAACGCCAUCCAGAUUACACGAGCUUGCUAGGAAUACCUGA